AUGGCUACGAAUCCACAAGAGGGCAGCUUUGUGACACUGGAGCACUUUAUCCACGACACGUUUACCCGCAUAGAUGAUACUGGCGCAGAGAAGCCGGUAGAUCAGCCUGACCAGAUCGGGGGCGGGGGAACAUUCGCCAUCAUCGGCGCCCGUAUCUUUCUGCCACCUUCCAAACUCGGUUUGAUCAUAGACCACACGCCUGAGACUCUGCCCGAGACAUUGAAAGAUGAUCUCAAGGCAUACGGAGAGGAGAUGUGGGAGUUUCGUGAGCGCAAGGACGGCAAUCCUACGACGAGGGCCGUGAACCGGUAUCAGGGGGACAAAAGAGGAUUCGAAUACCUCUCUAAACCUCUUAUAUUGACUCCCAAGUCUCUAGAAGGGACAGCUUUUGGAGACCCUUUGCCAGCUGUCACUCAUUUCAUCUCUUACCCCGCACCUCGCGCGGCAAACAUUCUGGGCGAAGUGGAAGCUCUCAAGAAGAGCAAGUGGUGGGAUCCUCUCAUCGUAUGGGAGCCUGAGGAAGAACAGAUUGACGUUGUCACUGCCCUCGCUCCCCAUAUUGACAUCUUGGGGCCGAACCACAAUGAAGCCCUCGCCCUUUACGCCCUCUUCACCGGUCCAGAGUUUACUGAUGAUGAUCUCAAGCCCAUCUUGACCCGUGUCUGUCGCUCCCUCGUGCACCUUCAACCUCGUAUAGGCGCCAUCAUCCGUGCUGGCCAUAUGGGGUGCUGCUACGCGGCGCCAGACCCACAAGGGUACAGGCCGGAGGUGCAGUGGGUGCCGGCUUACUGGGGAAAAGAGGCUGGGAGAGAAGGGUGGGAGAAGAAGGUGGUGGAUCCUACAGGGGCGGGUAAUGCGUUUAUGGGCGGGGUCGCUGCUGCUUUGCUAGAAGGGAAGACGUUAGACGAUGCUGUCAAAUGGGGUACUGUUGCUGCAUCAUUUGUCAUUGAACAGAACGGGCUGCCUACGUUGACCAAGGGAGAAGAUGGAAAAGAGCUCUGGAACGGGGAAGACCCCUGGGAGAGACUCAAAGCUCUGUAA